CAUAGAUCUUACACCAUUGCGGCAUCCUUCGCGUAGCUUUCUGUCGGCGUCUCAGACAUGCCCCGUUUCAUGACGUCACUCCUUAUGUUCCAUCUUCUGGUCCCACCUGUCCUCAAUAGCACCGCAGCCACAUAUACCUCAAUGAUCCCAGAGAUCCUAGACGGACAUCUUUCCUAACCUUAUCAUGGACACCAUAGCUCGCUAUGCCAAUCCGCCCUUCAACUACCUCGGCACCACCCUCGUCUUAUCCUACAUCCUCCUCGCACUCUAUUUCACCUUAUCCAUAUCAACUUCUCUGUACGGUCAAUAUAAGCGCCUACCAUCAAUCAAACUUGCGGAAGAUGUCAAAAAUGCAAGGGCGCGACAUAUCAAAAUUUAUGCCUUCCUGGCCUCCGUCACCUUUGCGAUGUUGUCAUACACUAUGCUCAACUUUCUGAUUCAAUCUCUGACCGCAUGGGCACGGACGCAAAAUCUAUUGGGGAGAAGGGUUAGUCUUUUUGGGCUCAGAUACUGGAUGCUGGAAACCAAUUUGUUCGGGACUUUUGCACGAGAGCUAGUGCGCAACAGACCCAGCGCGUUUUGGACUCAAGCAGCGUUACUUCAGACCUGGUUCUGGAACGUGUGGAUGGCAUACAAAGCUCAGCAGCACAAGUUCUCAGUUCGCACGAUGUUCCCGUACAUUGUGCUGAGCCAGACCCUGCCAAUCACGUUGACGGCGUCUUUGUUUAUCAUUCAGCUACAUCUCGACGCUGUAGGUCUGUCACCUGACCGACUGAAGACGGAGGUAUCGAAAACCAGUGACUCCUCGAAGGUGUCUCCGGCGCCAACUGCAAACACGCCAGAGCCUCCAGCCAGGAAAACUUCGCUUGUCAUACCCACCAUCCUCUUCAACGCUGUCCUCCUUGCUCUCUCGUCCCUCCAAGGCCACUCUAUCUUCAUUCCUCUUGUCCUCUUCACCCGCCUCCUACUUCUUCUUCCCCACACCCGGCAAGUACGAUUCAGUCAAAACGAUAUUCUCCAGAGCGUCUCUAUCUCUUUCGGAUUCUUCGUUGCCAAUCUCACCAUGUCGAGAGGUACAACCACGUUCAGGGAAGUCGUUCAGGGUUUGAAGAAUGGUGGGUUUGCGACUAGGACACUGGGGUAUGACGCAGAAUUUGGGCUGCUGCUAUGUGCGAUCUUGCGAUGGGGUGGCGGGGUGUGA